AUGGGCUGGCUUCCUUGGUCCUCGGGUGACGACAAAAAGGCCUCUGAUGGCGGCCGCAUCGCGCCGGAUCGCACAAGUCGCGCUCGCUGCUGGGAGGGUCGGGAUCUUUACUUCGCCUGUUUAGAUCGCAAUGAUAUUCUGGAUGGGAUUAAAGAUGAUAAGGCGGCUCGACGGAAGUGUGGGAAGGAAGUUGAAGAGUUCGAGGCUGCUUGCUCGGCGACUUGGGUGAAAUAUUUCAAGGAAAAGCGUGUGAUGGAAUAUAACAGAGACAAGACCAUUGAGCGGAUCAAGAAGGAGGAUGCCGAGAAAAUGAAGGAGUUGAAAGCUCAAGGAUGGAAGUCGAGCUAG